GUCUCACUGAUAAAUCUGCGCUCCAAACUCGUGGUCUCCUCUUUAUCGAUUAGUUAUAUCAUUCGGUGCAAUUUAUUUGCAACUCAUUUUUGCUUCGCAGGACGGUUUUUCCCGGUGCUCGUGAAAACUCACACCCCCGUCUUACCGGGCACGAUGGGACAGUCCGUUUCACACGUGGUAUGAGGUGGAAGGAAACCAGUAUGUUAUGGAGAUGUUUGUGCCGUUUCUCUCCUCAGUAAUCGAGCAAAAAGCUUUUAGUUUUUAUAAUCCUUAAGCGUCGGGCGGGGAGUUUGAAAUCUAUUCACUUAUCGCGCCGCUGUAGUAGGAUAUGGCAUCUGUUUAGGGUUGAAAUAGUACACAAACAGGCGGCUUAGAUUAGCUACAUAUCUACUGAGCUUUAGAGCCAGGACGCGUUUUGAAGUAGUACACAAACUAUCUAUCUAUCUAUCUAUCUAUCUAUCUAUCUAUCUAUCUAUCUAUCUAUCUAUCUAUCUGUCUAUCUGUCUGUCUGUCUGUCUGUCUGUCUGUCUGUCUGUCUACCCAGCUUUAGAGCCAGGACGCAGUUGCAGCUUUUUACAUUCUGAUCUUUAGGCCUUUUCACAGUGAUAGCAGCAGGAUGACGGGGAAUCAAUAUAUCUUUCAAGUAUCUGGAAUCAAGACUCUCCAAAUGAAAGGAGAGCUGCUUCAAGGCAUUAAGCGUUUAGGUGGAAAGUACCUAGGAGGCUCUAAAUACAAAGAGGAAAUAACUCAUCUUGUAGUUAUUAAUCCUUUAGCCAGCGAGAAGUUCAUCGCAGCAUGUGCUGGAGGGAAGUGGAUAGUGACUCCGAAGUAUGUGCUGGACAGCGCGGAGCAUGGGGCGUGGCUCCCGGAAGCGUCCUAUGAGCUAGACCUCAUGGCUAAUAAGGCUCAUGGGUUUACGAACCCUCUUCUGAGAUGGAGGGAGAACAUCUGCAGUGGCACCAUGAGCGGCGCCUUUCAGGGGUGGGUUGUGCGGCUUGAGCUUGACGAUCCUGCUAGGAAGGGCAUGUUUGAAAGGAUACUGAGAGCAGGGAAAGCUAUGCUUUGGACUGACGAGUCCAACACGCAAGCUGUUACACAUGUGUUUACAAAAGAUAGGACCAAGACUUCAACAUGUCUCCCUACGCCUUACCACACUGUCAGCUACAUCGCUGAACAUCUCUUUGGGCCUGUUUGCUCCAGUUUGGACUGGUCCAUUAACGUGGACACGCUAAGCUACAGUGCCAGCUCUGUACAAACACAGACGCCCCGUGCCACCUCUGAGAAAACAGAGGACGAACCUACAGAUGACGAUGAUCACUUGAUUCUCCUCGAACUGGAGGAAAAACUCAAAAGCUACAUUACAAAAAUGGAGCUGCAGCGGAGGGUACUGCUGAAAGUCCCUGAGCUGUUCCGCUACUACACGCCGGCCCUUCCAGCUCAGGUCACCGCGGUGGAUUUCAGUAACGUCUGCAGCUUGGUGGAGUGCGGCCUCUUCCCCCAGGCUCUGGAGGAGGUUCAGGGCUCCCUGAAGCCUGGCCUGCUUCCUCCAGCCCUGCUGGUGCAGGCCUGCAUGCAGCACGCCCUCCAAGCGGAGGUCCAGCCGUACUACCUCAGUGUGUUCAGCAGUGUCCUGAACGACAUACUGCGGAAUAACCCCACCUGGGGCAGUCCUAAGAGAGUGGCCUAUUUCCUCCAGAUCCUGCAGUGUCCACAGUGUAAGAACUCCGCAUGGUCACUGCUUCAGACGUCGGUCAGGUUUUGCAUGGCGAGCACAGACACUUGCCACCCGCAGCCUAGCCAUGCCCCUACGGAGCUGCGCCGUUUCCACAGCAACCUGCAGGCGUUCUUCCUCCUGCUCUUUCGGCUGGAGCUCCAUGCCGCUGGCUCAGGUCGCAGGGCGGAAGGCUCGCGGGCGUCCGUGCUCAGCAGUGCUUUCUGGACCGUGUGGGAGAAGUCAACGCUGAGCUCCAGGGCCAUGCAGCAGCUGGCCAAGCUGCUCGUGGAGGCCUCGCUCUGGGCUCUCCACUCCAACCAGGAGUGGAGACUGAGAGUGCUGGCCACCCUGCAAGAGAUCCUGGCCGUGACCGUGGAAUACUGGGCCCAGGAGAACAGUGAGCUCAACGGCCGUCUGGUGGAGAAAGGCUUCCAGGACUUGGCCGAGUACAUGGCCAUCCUGUGCCAAGACCUCCGUUUGGACUGUCUGCAGGAGCUGGUUCCUGGCCUCGCCUCCCCGCGGCUGAGGAUGUUCACUGCUGAUGCCUUAUACAGGAACCUCAGCUGCAGGACGGGCGUGUCUCUCCGGCCUGAGCCGCUCUCCCUGCUCAAGAUCGUCUCCUCCUAUCUGAAAACCCUAGGGCGUCUGUGUGGAUGUAAACACGAGCAGACCCUCGAGACCAGGCCAGAGACAAGCUCCUCCACUGGCUCAGACAGCCUAUUGUCAGGCGUAGAAGAGAGACAGCAUGUGGGUGUUUCAAGCUUUGGGAAGGAGAACCUCCCAAGAGGUUUCCACCGAGUCAAUGCUGCAGGGGAGACACUCCUCCAUCGAGCCUGCAAGAGGAACCAGGUGAAAACUGUGCUUUGCGUCCUCAGCCUGCCCGGAACGGACGUCAACGUUAAAGACUAUGCUGGCUGGACACCCCUGCACGAAGCCUGUAACCAUGGCAGCAUUGAGUGUGUGCAUGCCCUUCUCCAGCACUGCCCAGGCCUCCAGCUGGACAGCCAGGUAGAGGGCGUGAGCCCUCUGCAUGACGCGCUGGUCAACCAGCACACACACAUCGCCAAAAUGCUCCUCCGCCAUGCAGGUUCGGCACUGUUGCAGGUGCGUGACAAUUACGGCCGCACCCCUCUGGACCUGGCCCCGUCGCCAGAGGUGCGGGAGGAGCUCCGACGCUGUGCGUGCGAGGGUGACAGCCGGGAGUCCCUGGAGGCACUGGGCACAGACGUGCGAGACCUGAGCCUCAUAGAGACCUGCUCAUGCCUUCUCAGCUCCCUCCUCCUCUCCUACCUCCAGGAGCACCACAUCCUCUCCUGCGACGCCCCAGACCCACCCCUGGACCUCGGCCCAUCCAAAGCCCGGGCGCUGAUGAGCUUAAACCCCGGGGUAGUGGCCUCUCUCUGGGGAGACUCGGAGGCAGUCUCCCUGGCCAAGGACCUGAGGACUCUGAUGAACAUGGAGCUGUAUGUGCCACAUGCUAGCCCAGCACUAAGGCAGUGCCAGGGUCCACACACUAGCCUGUUCCUGCACCUGCUGUUCGACUUGCAGGAUGAGGGGUCCGCGCUGCGGAGCGGACAGCCUGUCCAGACCCUAACCAGUCUGCCCUCAGCUGGGCCGCUUUCUUAAAGGUCUUAAUCCAUGAUGAUGAUGAUUGUUGUUGUUAAUAUACAGUUCAUAUUGUCAUUAAUAAACAAGUCUACUUUUUUUACACGCUGACCUUGAAUGUUUUGGAAGUCAAAUACUUUUUGAAUCACAUCUGGAGGUCUACUUUUUUCAUUUUGUUACGUAAUGGUGUUAGUUAUGAAUGUAAAUUAGUUGUGUAAUAUAAUGAAGCUGGUUAAAGCAGCUCAUCAUCUUUGUAUUCAUCAGACUGUAUUUGGUUUUUCUGUUCAUGAGGUUCUUUAUUAAAGAAUAAAACAACUCAGUGCAGAGUGUGAGCCUGUA